UUAAAAUCUCGACUAAACACGCUCCUUGAUACUCCCUAUAACCCCUAGAUAGUAUCUACCAUUUCUCGAAAAUUUUGAAAAAAUAACAAAAAUUUAGAUCUCGCAUAGAAUUACAAUCACAUUUUUUAAUUUUCUAAUUCUAUUUGAAGUCAAAAUUCUGAUUAUUUUUUCAAAUUUCCUAUCUUUCUUUCUCUCACUCUGUUUCCAGUUCCCCCGAUAAUCAAAGCCCUCAUCUUUCUCUCCUCUUGGCGGCGACUUCAUCUCCGUUUGUCUCAUUUCCGGCGAGUCUCUCUCCGCACUCCAUCUCAUCUUCUCCUUAAUCAACUUAGUUGUCUUUCUCCGCGGCUCCGUCUGUCAAGGGAUUGGUGUUGGUGUGCCUGCUUUUAACUGCGUUCAUCUUCUGCCUUGCUUGUUGCGUGCUUGCUGCAGUCCAUUUCAUUGUAGGAGCCAAAACACCACCUAAAACAUGACUCUUGUGGUGACUCACUGUGUUACUGCAGUUCCAACAUACCCAAUCUAUAAGCAUCGACAUAAACCUCCUCGGUCUUUCUCUCUGCGCAUCUUAUCAAAAUCAAAUCAAGUUUCAGAUGUUAAAACUCCGCAGUCCACCUCUUAUACUAUCGAGCCAAUAAGAGAGUGUGAGUGCUUCAAUAUGUACAAGCAGCAGGUUCCUUAUAGUCAGGCAUGGGCUUGGCAGAAGAGCAUAGUUGAGGAGAAAAAAGCUAUGAUAGAAAAGAAUGAUUAUUGCCCAGACUCAUUGUUCGUUCUUCAGCAUCGUCCUGUGUAUACCUUGGGAACUGCUAGUUCUGAACAGUUCCUUAAUUUUGAUAUCAAGGACCCACCCUUCGAUGUUUAUCGAACUGAACGUGGCGGCGAGGUUACAUAUCAUGGUCCGGGUCAGAUAGUUAUGUACCCUAUUAUGAAUCUACGAAAUCACAAGAUGGAUCUUCAUUGGUACCUCAGGUCACUUGAGGAGGUGAUCAUCCGUGCUUUAUCAAAGACAUUCUGUAUCAAGGCAUCUCGGCUUGAGGGCCUCACUGGUGUUUGGCAUGGAAACCAGAAACUGGCAGCCAUUGGAAUACGAGUCAGCCAGUGGAUAGCAUAUCAUGGCUUAGCAGUGAAUGUGAACCCAGACUUGACCCAUUUUCGUUGGAUCGUACCUUGUGGGUUACAAGGCUAUCAGGUUGGAAGCGUUAAAAGCUUGCUUGAGGAAUUUCAUACGUCUGCCGACUGUGGAGGAGCAGAUCUACCUGAUCCCGAUGAUUGUCAGCUACUUGAUCUUACUUGUAGAUCUUUGAUCAAUGAGUUUUCUGAAGUUUUUGAGGUUAGAAUCAAUUAUGAAACCAUGUCAAGGUUGGAUUUACAAGCCGUCUGAAUCUGAAGGUGAAACUAAUUUAGUUGAGGCUACAUUUCUAAAUCCUUUGCCGAUUUGAAAUAGACAUGGCUGUCGAUGCUCUCUGAGUGUUUUAAAGAGUCUUGUGGUGACAGCAACCGAGCAUUAGAGCAGGAUUACGUAGUGCUACGUUUACAUCCUUAGAAAUCACAACCUUGCAUACUCUCCUGAGUAUUAUAUAGAUAGCAUUCAAUUCCCGAUGGAGGUUCUUAAGCGUACUUGGAUUGAAAUUGGUAGAGCUCUCAACUUGUAGUUGGUUAUGCACGUUAUAAUAUCUACAUGAGAAGAUUAAGGUUCCAAUCCUUGCUUCCCCCUACCAUGGAAUUUGCUAAGUUCUUUGCAAGAUCAACUUGUAAUCUGCAUAUAUCUGUGCAUGAUGAUUCCUUUCUAUUGAUUAAAGGUUUAUUUUUUGUUU